UGCCGUUGAGCUGUGCUGCGGAAGCAAAUUUCUCCCUUCACAAUCCGUCUUCCAACCGCUGCACCCCACGUUCCUUCGUUCCCUCUGUCCCGUUCCCCUCCCCAAGUCUUCAUAGGGCCCUUUUUUUAUUAGGGCCGCUCACAACGAUUUGCUCCUGGUCACCGGUGUCCAAAGAUGUUGUAUCUGACCUCUGACCGCUUUGCAAUCUUCGUUCCAUUUGGGGUUAUCGGGUUCUACCGCUACUUAUGGUAUAUCAUCCGUAUCUCUGCGGCUGCGGCGUACAGACCAGUCCCCCUCCCCGAAAACCCCACUUACAUCGCAUCGGAGGACGUGACAAUCAUAGUGCCAACUAUCGAUGCCGGCGAAGAAUUUAAGGAGGCCGCUCACAGUUGGCUCGUUGGAAAGCCAAAGGAGAUCCUUAUUAUUACUGAGGAAAAGAUGCUAGGGCCCCUGCAAGAGCUUGCGAAUGCCGUUGACCCUUCUCGUAUUCGUGUUUUAACUGUCCCUUUCGCGAACAAACGUCUGCAAAUGUCGCAUGGAAUCAAGAAUACGACGACUGAUAUAAUCGUAUUUGCGGAUGACGACGCUAUUUGGCCUCCAAUGAUGCUUCCGUACAUGCUUGCGUGCUUCGAGGACCAGAGGGUUGGCGGUGUUGGCACCUCGCAACGUGUACAGCCUGUUGGAAAGAAGAUGACAGUGUGGGAAGUUUUGGCUGCUUUCCGUCUUACCAUACGCAACAUCGAGAUUGCCUCGGCCACUCACAUUGAUGGAGGCGUACCGUGUCUGUCCGGGCGAACGGCUGCCUACCGCACUGUCAUCCUAAAAGACCCCGACUUCAUAUAUCGUUUCACUCAUGAUUACUGGCUCGGGAAAUAUCAUCUUAACUCUGGUGACGACAAGUUCCUCACGCGUUGGAUGGUCAGUCACGGUUGGACCACUUAUGUUCAAGUCUGCAAAGAAGCGGAACUAUUGAGUACCAUGAAGCCCAAUUGGCGGUUCUUGAAACAGGUGCUACGGUGGACUCGCAAUACUUGGCGUUCUGAUUUGCGUUCGCUGUUCAUGGAACGUUAUAUUUGGACGUCUCACCCUUACUGCGCAUACACCAUGGUGGACAAGCUGUUCAAUCCUUUCACGUUGCUUGUCGGACCGUGCCUUGUUGCUGUGGUUGUGUGGAAGAGCACCAAACCUAUUGAGAAGGGCGGCUUCCACUUGCCUUGGUGGAACGUGCUACUCUCAUAUCUUGUAUGGCUUAUGAUGACCCGAACGGCGAAGCUUUUACCCCACCUCUGGGACCGACCUCAAGAUAUCAUCCACGUUCCCGCCUUCAUUCUGUUCGGUUAUUAUUUCGCUGUGAUGAAGAUGUACGCUUUGCUAACUCUGCACGAGGUACGGAAACUGGUUGGGGGACCCGGGCCGGUGUGGGCAGUCCAACGGAAGCCUUGAAAGCUAUGGACGCCCAGAAUAAAGGCGGGAACAUUGGUGGUACUGCGACCCCGAUGGAGAAGUACGGGGACCUUCCAGCCUUCCCGACGCAGUAUCCAUCUUAUACCAGCGACGAUGGACGGCGAUAUGAUCCUGAGGCUCUUAACUACGGACAGAGCGAAACCCGAGGGUUUGUGCGGUGAACAACAUACUGGUGCUACUUCUCGGUCGCACUAUUCACCCAAUUUUCCUCACUUGGGGUGUCACCUGUAGACACGUUGCCCCGUUCCUCCACGCAUAAUUUCCCACUUGACUGCUUGUCUUUGGAUUGGACAUUUGGCCACUGGUCAUGCUAAACAGAGGCUCAUCUACACUAACGCAACCAUCAUUCUUGACCCCUCAUAGUAGCAUCCACAGUGGUAUAUUUAUUGAACAUUGUUCUAUAUUCUUCAACUUGUU